ACACCUAUUACUUGUAACCUAAACCAGUGUUUCUGUAGGACAGUAUCAUCUAUAACACCUAAUACUUGUAACCUAGACCAGUGUUUCUGUAGGACAGUAUCAUCUAUAACACCUAAUACUUGUAACCUAGACCAGUGUUUCUGUAGGACAGUAUCUUCUAUAACACCUAAUACUUGUAACCUAGACCAGUGUUUCUGUAGGACAGUAUCAUCUAUAACACCUAAUACUUGUAACCUAGACCAUUGUUGCUGUAGGACAGUAUCAUCUAUAACACCAAAUACUUGUGACCUAGACCUGUGUUUCUAUAGGAGAGUAUCAUCUAUAACACCUAAUACUUGUAACCUAGACCAGUGUUGCUGUAGGACAGUAUCAUCUAUAACACCUAAUACUUGUGACCUAGACCAGUGUUUCUAUAGGAGAGUAUCUUCUAUAACACCUAAUACUUGUGACCUAGAUCAGUGUUUCUAUAGGAGAGUAUCAUCUAUAACACCUAAUACUUGUAACCUAAACCAGUGUUUCUAUAGGAGAGUAUAUUCUAUAACACCAAAUACUAGUGACCUAGACCAUUGUUUCUAUAGGAGAAUAUCUUCGAUAACACUUAAUACUUGUGACCUAGACCAGUGUUGCUAUAGGAGAGUAUCUUCUAUAACACCAAAUACUAGUGACCUAGACCAGUGCUUCUAUUGGAAAGUAUCUUCUAUAACACCUAAUACUUGUGACCUAGACCAGUGUUUCUAUAGGAAAGUAUCUUCUAUAACACCUAAUACUUGUGACCUAGACCAGUGUUUCUAUAGGAGAGUAUCUUCUAUAACACAUAAUACUUGUGACCUAGACCAGUGUUUCUAUAGGAGAGUAUCUUCUAUAACACCUAAUACUUGUGACCUAGACUAG